AUGGCUAAACACAAAGCCACCCGCCGUACCCUCAAUUCGUACUCCGUCAAGCACAUUAACAAAACCAUCCGCCCCGGAGACUGCGUUUUGAUGCGGCCUUCGGAGUCGUCAAAACCGUCGUACGUGGCGCGCGUGGAGAAGAUCGAGGCGGACAGCCGUGGCGCGAACGUGAGGGUUCACGUGAGGUGGUAUUACCGGCCAGAGGAGUCUCUCGGCGGUCGGCGGCAAUUCCACGGCUCGAAAGAGGUGUUCUUAUCUGAUCAUUUUGAUACCCAGAGUGCAGAUACUAUUGAGGGCAAGUGUACGGUGCACAGCUUCAAGAGCUACACCAAGCUUGAUGCUGUCGGGAACGAAGAUUUUUUCUGUCGUUUUGAGUACAAUUCUUCUACUGGAGCUUUCAAUCCAGACAGAGUCCCUGUGUACUGUAAGUGUGAGAUGCCUUAUAACCCUGAUGAUCUUAUGGUUCAGUGCGAAGGCUGCAGUGACUGGUUUCAUCCGACUUGUAUUGAUAUGACACCAGAGGAAGCCAAAAUCGUCGAUCACUUCUACUGCCAUAGUUGUUCCUCAGAAGAUCAGAAGAGAUUAGAAAAUUCUAAUGCUUCUACAAGAACUCCUGAUGCAGAGCACUAA